AAUUUGGUAUCAUGAAACGAUUGAUUUAGGCGUGGUUGUCGACCGAGACGGAUAGUUGUUUGACCGGUUCAGGUUAAAACUCGACAUUGAAGAUUUCAAGUUUGUCUUAAGCGGCUACUGAAAAAUAGAAAACUGUAUUGUCUAUCAAUGGGGGGGAAAUUGAUAUACUUUGAGCUGAUAUGGUCCACUUGGCGUCCAAAUAUCCGACGACAAUGUCCUUGUGAAUUCGACCGUCUCAUUCACCUGUCCAUUUUGGAUGGAAGUUUUCUUUGGAAAUUUAACCCCCUGCCAUUUGCAUUCUGCCUUAGCCACUUUUUUCAAAAAAGAAAGGGGAAACUGUUCAACCUGUUUAACACAUGUUCCUUUGGAAAAAAAAAUUGCACUGUGUGUACUACACGCCAAAGGUUUGUUUGAAAUCGAGCUGUAUUAAUGUCGAUGUGAUCAAAACAAAUCCCGUCUGGAGAAGUUAAAAAAAAAGAACGCAGGUCAUCGUUCUCCCCCUCCUUUUACCUUCUUCUUAUGGUCAAACUGGAACGGGUCGGCCCUCGAGAAUGAUAGAAAAUAAGCCGGGCUAUAAACAUUAGUAGUUUCGUUUUGGGUAGGACAACAUCUGGUCUCUACGUGGCCAUUUCAUGAUUCUUGUUUGGACUUUUGAAUCAGUUCGUUCACGGAUUCCAAUCUCGUCAGUGCUAAGCUCCAGUGGUCAUUGGAGAUUCACCUUUCAUUUGUUUCAGUUGUUUUCGUUGUAUCGUUAAUCGUCUGUUUGUCGUGACUUUCUUGUUGAACUAAAACGUGUCACAGAAUUUCUUCAAGUUUUAAACAUUUACCUAUAAUGUCAACCGCAAUUAAUAGUGUAACUUUUUGAUGGGACAAUAGGAUUGAGCAUCUGAAAUUGUUAUUGACUGCUGGGAAAUAGGUGAACAAUGAGCUCCGCGUAUUUAACUAUAAAUGGAAUCUGCUCGAAAAUCGGUUUCCUUUCUCUUUCGUGACGUGUUGGUUGGAGACCUUUACAAUUAUUACACCGACAAAAUUUUUAAAAGUAGCAUUCUUGUACCGAGCGAGUGCAUCCAUAUCGAUCAGAAAACCAUUCCCGAAACGGAGCGCUACUUUUUCUUCAACCAACCGGCCACGUUCAAAUCGUCUUGGCUGGGCUCGACCAACUCGAAAUUGAAUGAGAGUCUUGAACAAGACGCUGUCGACUUGAACCUCCUCUGGUUCUCUAACUUUCUAAAAACUAGUCAGUCAGGGUGUUGUGAAAGCGACGAGAAUGAAGCGCUAGUCGUCGUCUUUUUCAGGGUCGUUCGCAGGACCGAAACUCUCGAUCAACAAUUCCUCGACUCGAAAUUGUACGACUAUCAGCUGGAGAGCGGCGGAUGGGCCACCCAUUUGGUGGAACACGUCGUCUACGGAGCAGAGCUCAUUUGCUCCAUGAGCAGACCUGUCGACUGGUGUCGUGAAACCAAGCACAGCGCCGAGGAAAACAUUUAUUUGCUGGCCAAAGCUUAUUUCGAUCGAAUUAUCGGACCCAAUGCCAUCAACAUCGAGCCGCCAGCUGAACUAGACAAAAUUUCUUGUCGAAUUCUCAGCAGUCUGGAAGAUGUCCAACCGACCGAAACUUCGUUCCGACAAUCCUGCGAGUUCCUGAGAGACGUCAUCAAUUUUAAAGAAGAUAAUCAGCCCACCAAAUUAUGGCGUCCCAUCUACAUCGUCCGCCGUCAAAUCCCCAAACAGAUUGAAACUCGGAUUUUACUGGACAAGAUUAUGGAUGACAAGUUGAAGAUUGAACGGAAGCUGCACUGGAUCUUGUCUGAGAGUCGCAGGAUAUCCAAGCAUCCGUUCCUGACUCGGAUCCCGCCAAUGGAAAGAGCCAUUUAUCAGUUCAUCAGUUUACUCCAGCGGACAGAGAGCGAGAUCAUGAAGUUUGACGUCAAUCUCAUCGCCAGAAAGUGUUUGGAAAACCCCCAAGGCCCCCAGCAAGAUAAAAUCACCAACGAUUUGAAAGCCGUUUCCGAUUGUGCUCUUUUGUCCAACAUGAUCGACUGGUUGAUGAGGCGGCGGAGUGAAAUCGAUACGAUUCACAUGCUCUUUAGAGACACUCUGCUGGACAUAUUCGACCUGGAGGACAUUGAAACUCGUCCGCCGUCGAAUUUUGAUAAACGCGCCAGGAUAUUCAUCUUGAAAAUUGAUUACAUUCCAGAUCCGCUGAUGGAGUGCAUCCAGGAUUUGACUGGUGUUAGUAUAGAGCCGGUGUUCAAACUCCCCGUUUUUCCCGCCGUUUCAUCCGGAAGGAAACGUCUUAGUGUGAUGAGAAGGACGUUUGUUGAGUUCACGGAAGAGGCUCGAUGGGGCUCGAAUGAGAAGAAUUCCUACCACAUAGGACUGGCUCCGGCUUCUUUGCCGAUGGAAGACGGAACUAUCAAGACUAUUUUGUAUCCGGCCGUCCAGCAGCAGGCUUCACCCCGAGUGUGUUUGCCGGUGUAUUGUUCUGGUGUAGUUGAACCGGACAAAAGUAACCCGAUUAAACAACAGCAGCAAUUAAGUCCACCCAACGGUUUGUCGCAUCGUUCUAAUGGUUCCAUCAAACCACCCACUGAUUCAAAUCUAAGUCAUCAGAAAAAUAUUGAAAAGGUUAACGGAGACAGCAAUCCUGUGGACGACGAGGAGUCAUUUUUCAAUUUGAUCGCUCAGUUCCAGUCACAACGCAUGAACGAUCAACGAUGUUCUUUUGCUCUUCCUAGCAACAAUCACAAGAUAUGACACGAAACGAAAAGCACCCGAUCAGAUGAGAUGUAAAGUGAUAAUCCAGUCAAACGGCCCUCUUGUCUUAUAUUAAACUAUUCUAGGAACAUGAGUUGAAUUCUUACAAAUGGAUAACUUAAUUUUUAAAAUAAAUUAUGUACCGUGUUAA